UAGAAAGACAUGCUUAAUUGCUUACGCCAUCUCCCCGCAUCCCCGCCUCAUUCACCUUUGACACCAAUCAUCCAAAUCACAGCGCACUUUUCUGAUUUUGGGCCUCGCCGCCACCCGAGUAAUCUUUAUUUUCUCCUCAUUCCCAAGGAUACAGCAGUUCUUUGAAUUUUUUGUUGGCCAAGCAAUUUUUCCUUUUCAGCCGGAAUUUUCUCGCUGGAACCAGUCACCUUUUCGCCGAGAUCCUCCAGAAUCUUAUAUUGGCUUGUGGUUUGGUUGCUUGCUUAUCUGGCUCUUUUGUAUGCAUAGGAAGUUGGGAUUUGGGAGUGGGGAUUAGAGAUUCUAUCUGUUGUUAUUGGAAACCUGAGGAACACCCUAAAUUGUUUUGACGCAAGAAGUAUUCGGAGUUUAUCACAAGUGAAUUAUUUUAUGAUUCCUGUGUAAAUAGUUUUCUUCUCUGUUGUCAUGAUUUGUUUUAGUUGCCAAGGCAUACCGAAAUCGCCAAAUGCGUUGUCUGUCACAUUCUUUUUUUCUGAAUAGGCGGAAUAUCCAUAUAUGCCAUUAAACACAGCCCAACUUAUUUCACAAUAUAAUUAGAACCAUUCUCGUAAUUAUCUGUUUUCUUCAGGUUGCUGCAGUAUUCAGUGUUCAUUUGUGAGAAAAUACUGUUUGCUUCUUACUUCUAAGUAAGAAAUGGAUAUAAGUAAUGAAGCUAAUGUCAGCCCUUUUCCAAUUGGGCCUUCAAGUUUUGUUGGAAAAACGAUUGCUUUUAGGGUUCUUUUCUGCAAGUCUAUCUCACAUUUGAGGCAUCAUAUCUUUCGUCUAUUGUUGAGUCUCUUCUAUGGAUUCAGGGGAUGUAUAAAACCCAUUAUAUCAUGGUUGCAUCCAAGAAACCCUCAGGGGAUAUUAGCAAUGAUGACAAUAGUUGCUUUCUCUUUGAAUCGAUACACAAAUGUGAAAGCAAGAGCUGAAAUGGCAUAUAGGAGGAAAUUUUGGAGAAACAUGAUGAGGUCUGCGUUGACGUAUGAGGAGUGGGCUCAUGCGGCUAAGAUGCUUGACAGAGAAACACCUAAAAUGAAUGAAUCAGACCUUUAUGACGUAGAAUUGGUGAGGAACAAGCUUCAAGAGCUCCGCCACCGUCGUCAAGAGGGAUCUCUGAGAGACAUAAUAUUUUGUAUGCGUGCUGAUCUUGUUAGAAAUCUAGGCAAUAUGUGUAAUUCUGAACUUCAUAAAGGUAGGCUUCAGGUGCCCAAAUUAAUCAAGGAGUAUAUUGAUGAAGUAUCUACGCAGUUGAGAAUGGUAUGUGAUUCUGAUUCAGAGGAGCUCUCAUUGGAAGAGAAGCUAGCUUUCAUGCAUGAAACCAGACAUGCAUUUGGGAGGACUGCUUUGCUAUUAAGCGGGGGUGCCUCUCUUGGGGCUUUUCAUGUGGGUGUAGUGAAAACACUGGUGGAACACAAACUCUUGCCCAGAAUAAUUGCUGGUUCAAGUGUAGGUUCCAUUAUGUGUUCUAUUGUUGCUACUCGUUCUUGGCCAGAGCUUCAAAGCUUUUUUAAGGAUUCAUGGCGUUCAUUGCAGUUUUUUGAUCAAAUGGGUGGAAUUUUUACUGUUGUUAAGAGGGUGAUGACAUUUGGUGCUGUCCACGAGAUCAGGCAAUUGCAAAUGAUGUUGAGGCAUCUGACAAGCAACCUUACGUUUCAAGAAGCUUAUGACAUAACAGGUCGAAGUCUUGGGAUAACAGUUUGUUCACCAAGAAAGCAUGAACCUCCAAGGUGUCUCAACUAUUUGACUUCACCUCAUGUUGUUAUAUGGAGUGCAGUCACCGCUUCUUGUGCCUUUCCUGGCCUUUUUGAGGCUCAGGAAUUGAUGGCUAAGGACAGAAGUGGAGAAAUUGUUCCAUACCACCCUCCAUUUAAUUUGGGCCCUGAGGAGGGAUCCUCACCAGCACGUCGUUGGAGAGAUGGUAGCUUGGAGAUUGAUUUACCUAUGAUGCAGUUGAAAGAGCUGUUCAAUGUCAAUCAUUUUAUUGUCAGUCAAGCCAACCCUCAUAUUGCUCCAUUGUUGAGAUUGAAAGAAUUUGUGAGAGCUUAUGGAGGCAAUUUUGCUGCCAAGAUUGCUCAUCUUACAGAGAUGGAGGUGAAACAUAGAUGUAAUCAAGUACUGGGACUCGGUUUUCCAUUAGGCGGACUUGCCAAGUUGUUUGCUCAAGACUGGGAAGGUGAUGUAACUGUUGUUAUGCCUGCUACUCUUGCUCAGUACUUGAAAAUUAUCCAGAACCCUUCCCACGUUGAGCUUCAGAAGGCAGCCAACCAGGGGAGAAGGUGCACUUGGGAGAAGCUUUCAGCCAUAAAAGCGAACUGUGCAAUUGAGAUUGCUCUUGAUGAAUGUGUUGCCGUGCUUAACCACAUGAGAAGACUCAAAAGAACAUCUGAGAGAGCAUCGGCUUCUUCUCAUGUUCUGGCCAACACUGUCAGAUUCAGUGCUUCAAGAAGAAUCCCUUCAUGGAAUUGCAUGGCACGAGAGAAUUCUACAGGUUCCCUGGAAGACUUUUCAACAGAUUCCUCGUUGCAUCAAGGUGCUACUAAGAACUGGAAGACCCACCGCAGUAUACAUGAUCACGGAAGUGACAGUGAAUCUGAAAAUGUUGAUCAGAGCUCUUGGACACGUUCUGGUGGGCCUUUGAUGAGAACUGCUUCAGCAAAUAAGUUCGUGGACUUUGUCCAGAGCUUAGAUUUUGAUACUGAGCUGAAUACAGGCAUCGUGACUCAUCCAAAUCGUCAAGGGGCUCCGUCCAAUCAGAGCUCUAGGGUCUCAACGCCUGACAGCAUAACGGUGAACGAAGGCGAUCUUUUGCAGCCUGAGAGGAUGCAUAAUGGGAUUGUGUUUAAUGUUGUCAAGAAAGAGGACUUUGCACAACCCAGGACCUAUGAUAUUGAGCAGCACAACGCCGAGGUUGCUGAAUGUUUUGUCCAAGGUGACUCUCCGGGGAAGGAGAUGGAUGCUGCUAGCUCUGCUUCUGAUUGCGGAGAUACUGAUUCUGCGACGGCCAACUCCUUAAUAAUUGAUCAUUCUACCACUGAUGUGGGGAAGGAUCAGAGCACUUAAUUCUCACAUUUCUUGUUUUGUUUUUUUUAAGUGACUUGAACAUUUUUUCUUCAACAUGUAAAUAUCACCAUAUCUAUCCAACUUUGUACAUACCCGUGGGCAUAUCUGCAUCUAUAUGCAUGCGUAGUGUUUUUAACGCGCACACUAGUUAUUGUGGGAUAA